GCAUUUUACAGCCCGCGCUCAAGCCGUCGAUACACAUAGACGAUGAUGAUGCUCCGCGAGCUCUCGGAGACCAAGACCGCCCAGCGCGCCCUGGCCUACCUCCACACGAACGCCCAUGUCAUCCUCGGCUGCAUUAGCCUCUCGGGCAUCACGCUUUGCUGGCGCGCAUGGAGCCUUGGAAGCUGUACCUCCUGGCAUGCCUUGGCCUUGUCUUCCUACCCGUCUUCCUGCAGCAAGGCGCGAUGGGCCUGCACCGAGUGCGCGCCCAGUCGACUGUCGCGUCCGAGGUGCUGCCUGCGCACCAUGAACCUACGAAGACGAAGGAGGCGACGCCUCUCGCCAAGCAGCCCGAAGUUCAUAUGCCUGCCCGUCAUUGUCGCGCCCCGCCUCCUCUCGCCGAGUGUGUCGCUCAAGGAAGAACCGAUCCUGAUGACGCUGCCGCCGCUGGUGUUGGACACGACGUUUUCACGAAAGGGCUUGCACAUCAUGUCCAAGGAUGUGUUGCAUGAACGCGAGCAGCUCUUCGCGCGCGCCAUGACGUCGCUCCGCAGUCUCUCGCCCCGCAACAAGCCCGUCGUGCACCACGUGGACUUGAUCAAGUACGCCGAGGAGAUUGACGACCAGAACGACGAUGCGUUCCUUUAAACCUUACCACGCAACUGCGACGAGGAUGGCACGCGACGUACUAGUAGAUUAGGUCGUGCCGUCGUCGACGCAUUCUUAUAAAAGCUGCUUGUAGUAAUACCACGAAAGCGCUUCUUCUACCAA